AUGCGUUUCUUGCUUAUUUUGCUUCUUGUUAUCUUCUGUUCAUUUGGUUGCGCUCAAACCGAGUCUCGCCAGACGCUAAACGAGUCAAAUUGCAAUAAAGGCGAGAACAAAAAGAACACAUCGCACUGCGGCAAAACUUUGGAAGCAACUCGGAGCAACAAUAAAAUGAGGUCACCUUUGACCGCGGGAGUUGCAGCAUGGAACGGACUCUCGAUGGAAAGCACUCUGGGGGUAAGAACGCCGACACCAGAGGACAGAGCAAUCGCAGAAAUACUGCGAGAGCAGCAAGAGGAACAGGAGGCGGCGAAGAAAGAAGGGGGGACGAAAACCGAUGCGAGUGAGCACGCCGAAUCUAAGAAAAAAGACGGUGCCAGUGGCGGUGGUUCUUCGUUGAUGUCCUCUUUCUUGCUCUCCCUGGUUCUUUUCGUUUGUGCUAGCCAUGUCUUUUAA